AUGCAAGAAGCUGGGAAAGAGUUCUCAAAUCUAGGUGUUAAUCCAUGGCUUAUCAAACAAUUGGAUACAUUAGGUAUACGUUCUCCAACGCCUAUCCAAAAAGGAUGUAUAACACAGAUUCUAAAUGGUCAUGACUGCAUUGGUGCGGCAAAAACAGGAUCAGGAAAAACAUUUGCUUUUGCACUCCCAAUUUUGCAACAUUUAGCUGAAGAUCCAUAUGGCAUAUUUGCUUUAAUUUUAACACCGACACAUGAACUAGCUUAUCAGAUAGCAGAUCAGUUCCUUAUACUUGGACAACCACUUCAGUUACGAGUAUGUAUUGUGACUGGUGGUUCUGAUCAAUUAGAAGAAUCUUUAAAACUUGCCAAGAGACCACACAUUGUUGUUGCUAUGCCAGGGAGGUUAGCUGAUCAUAUUACUGGCUGUGAUACAUUUUCAUUGAAGAAAAUAAAAUAUUUAGUCUUGGAUGAAGCUGAUAGAUUAUUCAGCGAAUCAUUUGAAGAAAAUUUAAAAACAAUAUUCAGUGCUUUAAACCCCAAGAGACAAAACUUAUUAUUCUCUGCAACCAUCACAGAUGAUGUCAGUGAAUCAAGUUUAUUACCUUUAAAUAAAGAGAAAUUAGUGACGUGGUCGGAAUCAGAUCCACAACUAACAGUAUCAACUUUGGAGCAACAAUAUGUGGUGUGUCCUGCAUAUGCGCGUGACGUAUAUCUCGUUCAGACACUCCGCAAGUAUCGAGACACUAAGCCUAGCUCACAUGUCAUAGUUUUCACUGAUACAAAAAAAGAAUGCCAAGUGCUGUCAAUGAUGCUUAAUGCGAUUGGCAUGGACAAUGUUUGCCUCCAUGGUUUCAUGAGGCAGAAGGAUCGUGUGUCAGCCCUCACCCAAUUCCGUAGUAAUUUAAAGUGUACAUUAAUAGCCACAAAUGUAGCCGCCAGAGGAUUGGAUAUUCCUUCUGUAGACUUGGUGGUGAAUCACAAGCUACCCUUGGAGCCUAAUGAGUAUAUACAUAGAGUAGGAAGAACGGCUCGCGCAGGGCGGAGCGGUUUGGCGAUAUCUCUUAUCACACCAUACGAUAUUCUGCGACUUGGAGAAAUUGAAGACAAGAUAAACACUAAACUAACGGAAUACAAAAUUGAUGAUGAAGAAGCCGUGAAAGUGUUUACGACGGUUAGUGUUACAAGACGUGAACAAGAGGCGCAACUCGAUAAUGAGGAGUUUGAGCAGCGCAAGCGCAAUUAUAAGAUCAAGAGAUGGAUUAUGGCUGGUGUCGACCCUGAUGAUAUGGAGGAAGGGUUAGAAGAAAUGCGAAGGAAGCGAAUAAAAGCAGCCAAAAAAGCAAAACUAGCAAAGAUUAAAGAAAUUCAGGGACUGAUUAAAAAUCAAGACCAAGAGAAACAGAACGAUUCAGAACGUUUACAACAGAACGAGACGGAAGAUAUAGACAAAACCAUAAAAGACAGUAUGAAGAAAGUUAAUAAAAGUUUGAUGAAGAAAGACGAUAGAUUUAAGAAUGUCAUAGGGAAAAUAAGUAAGAUUAAGCGAAAAGCGGAAAAUGCUGAGAGGCAGAAACAACAAAGCAUGGAGAAAUUGUCGAAAAAAAAUAGAAAAGUAAAAUAA